CCGCCCCCGGCGGCGGCAGCGAGUAGCGGGCGGAGCGCGGAGGAGCGCGCGGGGCUGUGCGGCGCCGCCUCCCUUCCGCGCCGGGGGAGGAACGAAGGGCCGCGCGGGAGACGAGAAAGCCGGAGCGAGUGACUAGCGGAGAGCUGCAUGCAACCGGUGGGAGGCCGGCCGGCUGGCGCUGCGGCUCAGGCUGGGAGCGCGGACCGGCCGGCGGCGGUGGCAGAGGCUCUGAGCUGGCAGGCGGAGGGCUUUCUCCCGCGCCCGCCUGCCCGGCGCGGUCCGAGGAUGCGGGGGGGCGAUGCCCGGGGCCAGGGACGCGCUCUGUCACCAGGCGCUGCAGCUGCUGGCCGAGCUCUGUGCCCGAGGGGCCCUGGAGCACGACAGCUGCCAAGAUUUCAUCUACCACCUGCGGGACCGUACCAGACCCCGGCUCCGCGACCCAGAUAUCUCUGUGAGCCUGCUAACCCUUGUGGUUACCGCCUGUGGUCUUGCCCUCUUUGGUGUCUCUCUCUUCGUGUCUUGGAAACUGUGCUGGGUUCCAUGGCGAGAGCGAGGCCUGUUCUCUGGUAGCAAAGACAACAACCAAGAGACUCUUAACUACACAGACACAGAGACCAAUGAGCAGGAGAACAGUGAGGACUUCCUAGACCCACCCACACCCUGUCCUGACUCUUCCAUGAAGAUCAGCCACACUUCCCCUGACCUUCCCCUUUCCACACAGCCCGGUGGCCCAGAGAACUGUGCCCAUGCCAUCCGUGUGCAGCGACAAGUCACAGAGCCAACGCCGUCAGCUCGGCAUAACUCAAUCCGAAGACAACUCAACCUGUCGAACCCAGACUUUAAUAUCCAGCAGCUUCAGAGGCAGGAACAGUUGACUGGGAUUGGUAGAAUUAAACCAGAAUUAUACAAGCAGAGGUCACUGGACAAGGACGAUGGGAGAAGGAGCAACAGCAAAGCCUGCGGGAAACUGAACUUCAUUUUAAAAUAUGACUGUGACUUGGAACAGCUCAUCGUGAAGAUCCACAAAGCCGUCAACUUGCCUGCCAAGGACUUCUCCGGGACCUCAGAUCCUUAUGUCAAGAUCUACUUGCUUCCUGACCGGAAAACAAAACACCAGACUAAAGUUCACCGGAAGACCCUAAACCCUGUUUUUGAUGAGGUGUUUUUAUUUCCUGUUCCCUACAACGACCUUGAAGCUCGGAAGCUUCACUUCUCUGUGUAUGACUUUGACAGGUUCUCUCGCCAUGACUUGAUUGGUCAAGUGGUGGUGGACCACUUCUUCGACUUGGCUGAUUUCCCCAGGGAGUGCAUCCUUUGGAAGGAUAUCGAGUAUGUCACCAAUGACAAUGUGGAUCUGGGAGAGCUUAUGUUUUCACUCUGUUAUCUUCCAACGGCUGGCAGGCUGACCAUCACCAUUAUAAAAGCAAGGAAUUUAAAGGCAAUGGACAUAACAGGAGCAUCAGAUCCCUACGUGAAAGUAUCACUGAUGUGUGAUGGCCGGCGACUGAAGAAAAGGAAAACAUCCACCAAGAGAAACACGCUUAAUCCCAUUUACAAUGAAGCCAUAGUCUUCGAUGUCCCUCCUGAAAGCAUCGACCAGAUUCACUUGUCCAUAGCUGUCAUGGAUUAUGACCGUGUAGGUCACAAUGAAGUCAUUGGCGUGUGUCAAGUAGGCAACGAGGCUGAGCGACUAGGCAGAGACCACUGGAGUGAGAUGCUGUCAUAUCCUCGGAAGCCCAUUGCACACUGGCACUCUCUGAUGGAGAAACGAUGACUAUGGAUAAGAAGACUGCUUGUGCCAAGGACACAGUCAGACAACUAUGUAACAAAGAUCUUAAGUAACGUUCCCACCUAGCGACACCCAGAUGACUCCAGUGAUGUCAUACUCAGCUGUAACCACAGCAAUAACUGGCCUGCUUUCCAAAUUGGAUUUGGUGAAGUUGAAUGGUCCUUCUUCAGGUGGUCCAAGCUGAUGUGCCCUAGGGAAGCUCAUCCCUCACUGUCAAAAAAACAAAUUGGACUCUGGAAGAAAGCAAGUGGUGUAGUGAAAGUCCUGAGUGCCAAGACUCUUAGUGGCUAAUGGAAGGCCUUUGGUUGUAUGGGCAUGAUACUGGUCCUGGUAGUGGUCAGUCUAACAAGAAGUUAUUUGAUUGAAUGCCCUGGAAGGACAGAAUAUUUUUUAAAAUAUAUCCAGGUGCUAAAUAGGCAGCAGAUUUCAAUCUAAACUCUACUACCUGUGAGCUAAUGACUGUCUUCAGAGAAUAAUUCUAGCCCAAAAAGUGCUCCAAUUUUCUAAGGAAUGGCCCAAAAGAAUAUUAAGUCAGGCAAGCCUGGAGGAAGUCUCAUGCAAGGCAGGUUAGUUCAUAGCCAACUCACAGUACCCUCCCAUGCACAUGGCAGAGUCCCACUUAGCCAUGGCUAUUCAUCACUCAUUCACAUUCAUCAGAGAUUCCGGGAUUCUAGAAUUCCAGGUAGCCAGCAGCCACUUCGUUUCCAGUGGUGGUAUUACUAGAAUGAAAUGUGUCCUCCUUAUUAGAGAAUCAUUCCUCUCAAUGGCAUAUGCAUUCUGGAAUAUUCUUUCCUGGGCACAGGAGUGUGUGUUAUGACAAAAGAUCACUGAGAGAUGACAGGGGAUCCAGUAAGAAAAGACAUAGCUUUUGGUUUUUCUUGAUAUAACUGCCUUCUGGGUACUUCCAUAUGUAAUAGCCCAUAGUAUAGACUUGAGCAGCCACAGACAGAGUCUCUUUCCCAUUUCAGACACAUAUCACUUUUACAGACUUGGGGAAUGGAAAUUCCUACAAGAAUGAAGGCCAAGGGCUCUCCCCAGGGUAGUUCAUCCAUUACCCAGCAUUCUUCUCGACUAGUCUACUGCCAGUUCUGCACCUCAUUCUCCUUGCUUCUCCCUCCACAAAAUGAAACCAAAGGCCUCAGCAUACCCUGGAUGGACCAGGAGCUGUUUCCUAGAGGUCCUCUCUCAUUAUAGGUGCAAAGCACCUUCUCCACACACCUGCAUCACUACUCCGUGAUUGCAUUUACCUUUCAUACAGUCUCUGUAGCAGAAUCCAGAGUUGGGUUGCAGUUAACUAUUCUAGAAAAAGCCUUCUCUUCAUUUCCACUCAAAUUUCCAUGUAGGUUGCACUGGAUAGAUGGAGCAUCAUGACAGGUUGGAAAGUUCUGGUUGCCAUACACACCUAGUACAAGAAGUCCUACUGCCAGUGUCAGAUCUUGAUCUUGUCAGGUCUUGAAAGGGUAGAGGCCUUUGGUUGUGUAAGGCAAUGUUAAUUCACUCAAGCUUAGUCUAUUUCCCAGCCUGCCUGAUCAAUUCCCAUCUCUUUCCAAUUUCCAUUUGCAAGGGGUUCAAAGGGAACCCCAGUUCUGCCUAUGUCUGAUAAAACACACCUUUCUUUCCCCAUGGUUCUCUCUACCCAAUCCCUUCCCAUUCAGACAUCCUCUGUCAUACCAGUGUUUAGAACCAAAGCAUGAAGGGCGAGUGCCAACAGGAUAGUGAACAGAAAUAUUGUCACUAGAUCCAGGCAGAUGUGCCUAGGAGAAUGGUCCCAAAGAAACCAGAAUGGCUCCGGCAAAAGAUUAUCAAGCAGCCAUCUCAUUAAGCUUCAACAUGUCCUUGGCAAUGGCUUGGAGAUCCUGAGGUAGCCUGUUGUUCCCAGCUCAGGAUCUCCUUGCCUUGAGCUAGCAGCCCUGGGAUAUAAGUGAAUAAAUUACUGGCUCAGAGAUAGCUUUGCAGGGGCAUUCAGGCAAAGAAAACUGCCCACAUGGUGAACAGAUGGCAUUGUGUGUGGAUAGCUUUACCUAGCCAGUUCAGCUGUGGUCAGAAGCUGGCUAUCAAUUUGAAUUCCCUCAGCUCAUUUGCAACUCUGCCUCUGUUCUCUUGUGUUUUGUUUGAUUGCCCUUUAGUUUCCUAGUAAAUAUUCCUUUUGAAAAAUAUAA